UCCACUUCCACUUCCACUUCCACUUCCAUUCCCAUUCCCAUUCCUGAACCAGAAAAUGGACACACAAACACUCAAAUUUCCGAACCAGACAAUGGUGUUCUCAAUGGAACUCCUACUAAAUUAGAAGAUCCAAGCCAUUCUAAUAAUAUAGCCCAGAUCAUAUAAACAGUACAUAAAAUUUGUAUAGUUAAUAUAGCGAUAGAGAGAGAAAAAAAGGACCGACCCAUCGCAGCUGAUAGCCGCGUAGCGUAUUUUUUGUUUACAUUAUCAAAUACCAAAUGUCAACGUAAACUAAACACAGAUCACAAAUCACAAAUCACAUAGAGUACUAAUGAGUAGUUCAAGUGACUCAAUAGAGGAGUUACUAAGUACUGGUUGGGAAUGCGUGAAUCCUAAAAGUACUGGUACAUCUCUCAAUGACAAUGAAUAUAUCUAUAUAGCUCAAUUAGUAAAGAUCAUUGAAAAACUUGAAAGUGUAUUACUGAUUAAACAAUUAUUAACAGAUGAUGAAUUGAAAUUGCUACGAAAUAUGAUUCAAACGUCACCCCUGAUGAAAUUGCACCGCAAUCAAUUAAAGGAAUUUCUUUUGAAAAUGGUCCAUUUUGAUAGAUUUGAAAUAUUUCUUCAAACUCGUUUUCAGAUAUCUCCUGGAGCUGUAAGAAUCAUUGUUAACAAAUCAACCGAUAAUAAUAAUAUUAAUAAUAUUAAUAAUAGUAAUAAUAACAUUAAUAUUCAUGAUGUAAAUAGUAAGUAUAAAGUUAAUAAUAAUAACAAUGUUGAAAAUGAACAGAGCCGGUUCUCUUUCCAAAAACAACAAUUGAAUACCCCUCCACCCGAAGUAAAUCAUUUAAAACUUCAAGAGAAGAAUACUGAAAUUCAAAGAUUAACUACAGAGAUUAGUAGUCUACAAUUAAGUUUGGAAAUUAAAGAUAGAAGGAUACGAGAGUUAGAUGAUGAACUUCAGACCAUAAAUAAGCAUGUCCAUAAUAUAGAACAACAACUUCGUAAACGACCAGAACAAAGAAAUACUAAUGAUUUAUUGAAUCGAAUAAAGGAUAAAGAUGGUAAUAUAAAAAGUUUACAACAAUUAUGUAACCAAUAUCAAAAGGAAAUUAAAGAAUUGAAGAAUCAACAGUCGGUAAAUAAAUUGCAAAUGAAUGAAUUAAUUAAAAAUUUAAAUGAAAAUGAUAGAUUAAUAAGUAAUGUUCAAAAUAAGUUUAAAAUUGAAAAUAAAAUUGAUUCAAUUAUAUUAAAUUUACCAUUUAUAAAGCAAUAUUAUAAUUUCUUUAAAUAUCGGAAACAACAACGUAAUUGGGGGUUAGUAGUUAUUAAUAUUAUAACAUUAAUUUUAACUACUAUAAUAUUAUUAAAUGGUUUACAAUUUGUAUUAUAUGUAACAUUAUGGUUCAUUACUUCAUUAAGUUCAAAGAAUCAACAAUUAGAAUAUGUUUAUGAUAAUUAUGGUGAUCCAUUAUUUGGUUUACAAUCCACAUUCCAAUGGUGGAAAGAGAUAGAAUGGUUAGAAUAUUUAAUUUAUACAAUACAAGAUUGGUAUUUAUAAUUUAUAAUUUAUAAUUUAUAAUUUAUGACUUAUAAUUUAAUUCUUUUUCAUUAAAU